CCGGUUGUGAUCACAUGACCUGACAUAGCCGUGUCUCAUCUGUUUACAUAUCAAUACUCUCAAGAGCGCAAGGAAUGAGCUCCUCCUUUGUUCUUACUGUUUUUAACAAUGAAACAAUAAGGUUAAAUGUGAUUUUUUUUAAAUAAAGAACAUACCUCGACGCUGUAUCUGCGGGAUUCCUCUGAAUUUGGACGAAUUUUAAGAACUGCAUCCUCUGACCUGAGCGGACUCCAUCGAUAUCCAUCACAGCAGAGGUUAUUCUGUCUGUGACAAUGAAGAUGGACAUCCCCUACAACCAGCUGGUGGACGUGGAGAGGAGGAGGCAAGAAACCAACAGGAAAGCACAAAUGUAUUCCAGGUGUAUUGUAGUUCUGGCCACGGUGGCCGCCCUGCUGCUGGCUGCCACCGCCCUCUACAACCUGCUGACACCCAGGGCCUCCCCCGCCCAUCCUGCACCGAGCAGCAGCCUCCGUUUGCCCCAGGCCCAGUCCUGCUCAGACCCCUGCAGGAUUGUUCUGGUGGAGAGUAUCCCUGAAGGCCUGACGUUUAACUCCAGCACCACCCACCCCUCCAUCUACCAGGCUUGGCUCAACCUGAUGGCUGAGGCCCGCAGCAGCGUGGACAUCGCCUCCUUCUAUUGGACGCUCACUAACAGAGACACUGGCACUCACGAGCCGUCGGCCAAUCAGGGUGAGACUGUUCUGAAAACACUAGCUCAACUCUCCGGGAAGGUGUCCGUUCGUAUCGCAGUGAACACACCGCAGCGCCGUCAGCCGCAGGAGGACCUCCGACUGCUCAACGCCUCAGGUGCUGAUAUCAGGGAAGUAAACGUGCAAAAGCUCACCUCAGGCGUCCUCCACACAAAGUUCUGGGUCGUGGACAAAAAACACAUUUACAUUGGCAGUGCCAACAUGGACUGGAGGUCCCUCACACAGGUGAAGGAGCUUGGUGCCGUGGUGUACAACUGCAGCUGCCUGGCUGCAGACCUGGGGAAGAUCUUUGAGGCCUACUGGUUCCUGGGGCAGAGUGACUCAGUCCCCUCACCGUGGCCCCCCAGCUUCUCCACCGACUACAACAAGGACACGCCCCUCGAGCUGCCACUCAACAACACGCCGUCCAACGUCUACCUGUCGAGCUCCCCUCCGUCCUUCUGUGCAGCCGGCAGGACUUCAGACCUGCAGUCCAUCCUCAGUGUGAUGGAGGACGCCCAGAGCUUCAUCUACAUCGCCGUCAUGAACUACCUGCCCACCACGGAGUUCUCACACCCUAAAAGGUAUUGGGCUGACAUCGACACCCAGUUGAGGCGCGUCAGCUUUGAGAAGCGGGUCAGAGUGCGCCUUCUGAUCAGCUGCUGGGCCAGCACCCAGCCCAUCAUGUUCCCCUUCCUCAAGUCUCUGGCCUCAGUGUAUGACCCCAAGAGCAGGCUGGACAUCGAGGUGAGGCUGUUUGUGGUGCCUGCCUCCCCCCAGCAGAAGGAGAUUCCCUUUGCCAGAGUGAACCACAACAAAUACAUGGUGACAGAUAAGAUCGCAUACAUAGGCACGUCGAACUGGUCAGGGGACUACUUUGUGAGCACAGCCGGCUCAGCAUUGGUCGUCAACCAAACGGCCUCAGAGUCCUCCGAGCCAAACGUCCAAUCACAGCUGCAGGCCGUGUUUGAAAGGGACUGGGACUCCGCCUACAGCACCCCCCUCACUCAGCACUCAAACCUAAAAGACCUGUGUUAGUUUCAUCAGCCACUAUCACAGAUCCUUCAUCAGAGCGGACUCUUCUCUGCAACACAUAUUACCCUGCUAUAGUUGCACUUUGACCUUAGUGUUAAACACUCAUGCAUUUUGCACUAUUCAUCUGUAGCAUGAGCCGAGGAACCCGCCACUUGUCCUCUCAGCUGAGCGGAGUUCGACAAGGUCCAAAGAAAGAUAUUUAACUUCCGGAAAAGCUGCUUUACACUUUAGUGCCAAACUUGGUGAGCAACAUGCCGUAAAACCAGUAAACUGCUCAUUAGCAGUGUUACACGCCCACACGUUUUUCAAGUGUGCUUUUUAUUCAUUUUUGUAGGCAAUAAAUAUUUUGCAUCUCUUGGCCGUUGUUAUCUUAACUGGUCUGGGAUUUAAAUGCAUGUGUGGGUUAAGCUGGGUAAACAAGGACAAUGUGAGUUGUUCUGCUGUAACAGACCAGAAUGCAUUGCGCCCUGUUUGUUGCAUUGAAAAACCAAGAACCUGCAGCUUUCUUUUGUUGUUGUCUCCAAAUAAAUGUACCAUUAGCUUACAUUUGAUCAGGCCAGGUUAGUAUCAAAAUGAGGCACAAUAAUUAUGUUAACUAUCUCCAGUUGUCACAAUUUCAAAUGAUCUUUUCUUUCUUUUAAAAUCAAUCACAACUCAUUUAUUUUCAUCAUCCUCAGUGCGGGUUUUCUUUUUUUAAUCCUAGCACACCUCAGGGAGUGAAGUUGUUACCUAAUGAAUCCACGCAUGAACUGGAAAUCAGAUGCAGCUUUUUAAAAUUCAGCUUAAUUUUUGUGAGAUCAUUUCAGCAGGGUUUGAAAUAGAUACAGUUUUGCAGUGGCAGUAAAUGUGGAUUUUAAUUUAACUUCCACUGUGUGGAGUGACUGCAGCUACUAAUUAGUGAAGAAGUGGUUGUUAUGGCAACUGUUCAAAGAAGCCAUAUGCACAUUAAAAAAACCACUCUGGGGCAGUCUCUAUCUACGUCCGUCUUUAUAAAGAAAUAACUUUCAAUAAAUGCAUUUCAAUCAAA